UCUCAUAGCCAUUUCUCUCGUACGCUUCCGGUCGCACGCCAACCCACGUCCGCGCGGCUCCCUCAUUGCCAAUGUCAUCCGCUCUUUUCCUAUCCGAUGGCGCACCUUUUUCAGCCUCUCGGUGGUUGUUGUAUCUCGGGGUUGCGAUGGGGGUGCUCUACGAGGCCAUCGAUGGAGAGCUCGCUGGAGACGGAAGCAGGGAGUGGUGAGUGGCAGGGUGAGGGCUGGGUCACGGUGGCCUGGAUAGGCGCUCCCAGCAUCGUGACGACUGCCAAGGGAGACGACAAUUGUAGAGGAUGACGAGUGGCAUCAUCCACACCAAGAAGCUACGUAUGAAGGGCAUUCUCUCGCGUAUACCACAUAGGCAGCGAAAACUAUUCAGGGUGGGGCAGCGCUUCCGCGCGUGGAUGGGCACGAACUGAGCUAUGACAGGUGUUGUUUCGAGCUUGGUGCGCGUGUCAGGUGCGUCGCGUGUGGGCGUGAGAGAUGACGAUGGGUGGAUUCAAGCCGCAUUUUCUGGUGUGCCUGAUGCCCUCGUCUAUCAAUUGAACUGACCUCUGACUCCUCCUUAUGGUGUGGUGGACGCAGCUCACAUACCAACUGUUGUGCAUGGAUCUCCUUCUUCUUAUAUACGUCCCUCACUCUCAUCCUCUGUUCCUCCAUCCGCCUUCCACCCGCUGCUGUCUCCGCCGAUGCGGUGCUAGCCGCCACCAUCGAGCCCUACCAGCAAAGGGAGUGGUGGCUUAUUCCACAGCACAUCUCCACGGGUGCAGCGGCAACCCCGAGAAGAGCUCAAGCCGCAACGCUGGUCCGCCGAGCUGGCGUCAUCAUCGAUGGUCGUUCGCUGACUAUCAAACAUGUGGUUGUUCAUCGAUCGCUCCUCUUGUUCAUCUUCCUGUUCUCCGUUUGUCAUCGUCAUCAAGAAAAUGCACUGCUCAGUUCAUCGUCAGGCUUGGUUCACUGUUCCAUCUGCUCGGUGGUUCCUCUCUGUCCUUCAGGAUUUGGUAUCAUCGAUUGAUAAUCGACUUUGGCUCGUUGUUUGAUGUGCUGAGCCUAUUGACUCUACGGUUUAGGAGCCAACCUUCAAUGGAAGGGGGCAAGAGUAGAAAUGGCGUCAAUCAUGGGAAGGGCAAGGGAGGUACUAUUAGCUUCCCGCGGAGGAGUUUGUGUGGUCGGCAACCAGUAGUUGAGUCGCCGUGCACCGGCGAGCAGCAGGGUGUCGACGGUAACACCAUCAUCAGUGAAAAUGGUGCAGCUUUUAUCAAUAUAAACAUGGCUAUGUUAGAAGAUGGUGCAUGAAAUGUUCAUGAUGCUCUCAGGUUAUUUGAAUUCAAACUUUUAUUAGUAGUUACACAAGCUGACACUUACAAUGGUGUUCAGCUCCUAUGAUGGAUACUUCUACUGCAGAACUUACGACCUCGAUGCUAGAAGAUUCUUAACCGUUAAUUUGAUUUUUAGAAUUUUACAUGUUGACCUUUCAGGAUUAUUUCAGUGCCUUCUAGAGAUUAAGUUCAUGUUUAAUCCAUAGAUGGUGCAAACCUUUGAGUUGCUAGAUUGGAUGUGUUGCUUGGUUUUGGUAUAUGAGAUCUCUUAUGCUGAAAUAAUGUGGUGCUUUGCUAACUAAUGGUGUUUUUUUGCAUUUGUUAGGAAAAAACUUUUGUUACAACCGUUGGUUUAUUUUUACUGGAGAUAAAAUGUAUGUGAACUCGUGAAAAUAAUCGCACAGGAGGUGUAUUUGUUGGAAAUAUGCC